AUGAGACGGUUUUAUAGAUUAGGCUGCAGACAACCAUGGCGACUUCUCUCUGUCAACACUUUGGUACACUUCUCCAAUACGUUUAAUCAAUCUGGUACGUUUACUGUUAAUGAGGGAAAGUGUUCUCUUUCUACUACAUCUAUCGAGACGCCUGAAAUGAAGGUAAAUCCUUUUUUUUCUAAUGUUGUUUCUGAUCUUCAGUUGCUUCAGAAAAAAUGGAUGAGAGAGUUUCGUAUUUGUAUAACUAGUAGCUCUACUUUGAUUAUUGAGGCUUUAACAGCUGAUGAAACACCUUCCUGGGCUCCAAUUGCUACGUUAGAUGCUGUUAGAUGGCCGUGGGAUCUUGUCAAAACCGUGGAUGCUGCCUUAAUUCCUACUAAUACCACUAGUACUAAUACUAAUAGUAAUACCACUAGUACGGCAGAUGGUCAUGGUAUUACUAUUCUGGACCUACACGAUCGUGCUGAGGAUGUUGCCGUUGCCCAACGAGUACUGACAGAACGGUAUCCAAGACUGCGAUUGCAUAUUGAUCAUUCUAAAGGUACGGACCUUCAAGGAACGGUAACACAUUCUGUCUCCGUUUCAUUACAGAGUCGUUCUCAUGGUACAGAUUUAUCACCUGAGGAAACUGCUGUAAAAGAAUCAUUUCUGGGUGAAUCAAUAGGAUUAGGUUUUUCUCAGACUGCACGACGUGCCCUUCGAGAAGCAUUUCAAUCAGCUGGUAUGCCUUUACCACCACGACAUAUUGAACGUGAUAAAGGAAAAAGCGAGAUGGAUAUCUAUCUAGAUACUAUUCGAAAUGCAUUAAAUGAGGAUAUAACUGUUGUUUCGACUCUAAUAAAUGAUGAACAAGUGAAAAUUUCUGUCGAAUCAUGUGGGGGUCGUCAAUUAAAUGUAUUAGAUGGAAGGCGCGAUGACGCCUUAUCAAUUGUCCUGGCCUGUGUGGAAAAGGCAGCAGAGAAUGUUAAUAGCAUCGCGACAGAAGAAGCUCGUAAACGGAUCGCAGAUCAUCCUGUAGUUUUGGCCCUUCCCCAAAAAGGACUUCGUCCCAAAGAAAUAUUACGUCGUUUGUUAAUGCACACUUAUGGUUUGCUGGAGGAACGAGUACACAUUAUUACCUCACAGGGUAAUGACCUUACAUUCACUACCACAAUAGAUACAGAACUCUCCUGGGGUGACCAGUCUGACAGCACAAAAACACCUGUUGUUAUUACUAUCGCCCGUGCUGCUGGAGUGAAUAAAAAAGCAGCAGAAGAACUUGCAUGUGUGAUAGCAAUUCAACGAUGUUUUCCACGCAUUUUUCAAGAACAGCUCUCGUAUCAUAUGGAUGUAAAAGAGAUUUUACGAUCUACAAAGGCUACUAGUAAAGAAUCUAUUUGUCCUCAUAUUUCCAAGGGGUUGUUAGCCCAAUUGCGCUGGGCUGCUCGUUGUGAAAAAAAAGAAAUCGUCUUUGAUACCGUACAACUGCUUCCAAACUCUGAGAAUGAAGAACUUGGAAUACGUACUACAAGGGCUUUAUGGGCGACACAACUAUUUUUUGUGAAUGAGAAAGGUAAUCGUCAAUUGAUUUGUCUAGCAUUAGAUCCAAAAAAAUCAAUAAGUGAACAGAAGGCGGUUGCUGCUGCACUCUGGAAAUGUUUUAAAAAUCUAUGUAAUGAAGGGAUACAGUAUGCUAUGGAUCGUGGACUUAUUAAUAAGGAUGGUGAUGUAACUCCCUGUGAAGGUAUUUCGACAUCUGCUGAACCUAUUCCUAGGAAUGAAUAUGAAAUUGCAGCAGAAUGUGAUCCUUUUAUACCUAAUUUGCAGCUGCUUCCAUCUCAGCCAAUUUCUGUUCCUUAUCGUCAAUCACUACUAAGUGUCUUUAGAAGAGGGGUUCAAUUAUAUGUGGAGCUGAUGAAUGAAAGGUCCAGUUAUAAUAGUAACAGCAACCACAUAUGUGAUAAGAGCAUAAGCCCCUGGAGAUUGGUUGAACAUACAGAAAAAGUUCAAUCGAAUGGUCAUUUUAAGGCACAAUUAUUAAUUAGAACUACUACUGCUACUCCUACUACCACUACCACUAAUAAUAAUAAUAAUAAUAAUAAUAAUAAUAAUAAUAAUAAUAAUAAUAGUGAUAAUGAUGGUAUUGGUGAUCAAUUGAGUGGAGAUAUGUUGCUCGGGGAAGUGUUUUAUUCAACCACAGCUAUUACUGCUAUAUUUAACGCUUUUAAAAGUUUAUUUGAUGAAGGGGGUUUAAUUGCAAGAUCUGCGAAGGAGGACGUUCAGGUAAACGAUAUCUUUAGUGACACACUUCAGCGUGUGAAUUUAUUUCCAUCCUUUCCAAGAGAACUACCUGCUCCCACACCACUGGAGACUGUUGCUCAAUGUGUAAUGAUAAAAUAUGGUUUGGCCACAGAGCUACAUAUUACAGGGGGGGGUAAAAUUGUCAACGUACAGCUUUUUGGUCGCAGCCCUAGCUCACUGAAUUGUGAUGAUUCUAAAGAUCAAAGUCGUUUUUUUCUGGGACAUGGUCGAGGAAGUUCUUUACUAAAGUCUGUUGUUUCUUGCUGUAGACAUACCUUUAAUACACAUAUGCCUCAAGAUGGUGAUAUUCCUGAUGCUUCAACUGUGGAGUCUAUUAAGUCUGGUUCGGUACAGGUGACGCCGCGUGCGGGAUGCCUUCUUGCUUCACAAGUGGAAGCUGUGAAGAAUGAACUCCUGGAAAAUAAGGCUAUCUCAGCUUCAGCCUCCAUCUUUGUCGGAGUCGACAUCCGACCUUCAAGUUCCAACAUCUUAUAUGAAGCCAAGUUGUAUGUGGUGGAUGAAAUGCGAGUAGUUGAACUGGAGCGUACUUCCCCAAACUCUGAUCUUAUUACAUCCCUCUGGAACUUAACAUCCAGUGUUGUACGAGAGAUGGGUGGGAACACUCUCGACGUGGAGAACGUACAGAGAAAGUAUAGCGGGCCCCACCACCACAUUACAUUACAGCGACUUCUUGAAGAUAUCUACGGUCUUACUCUUGUAGAAGAAACACUGCUAAAAGACCAACAUUGGCAUUCUCACCUUAGUGUUCGCAUUUCUGAUGAUCUUUACUACACAAUUGGCUAUUCUGUGGGUACAAAAAAGAAGGAAGCUCUUGAGAUGUCGGCGAUAAAAGCGUUGAAUCGCUGCUUUGGUACGGUGUCAAAAUCAACGACACCGCAUACAGGUGUAUCAGUGUCAACAAUCACAACAACAAUGGCAACUUCUGAAGAGGAGCAGAAGUACUGCGGUUUUAUUUACAGAAAAUUGGGUGAAAAGGAAGAGUUUUGCAUAUAA